AUGAGUAAUGAAGAAUUAGGGGAGGCGAUAGCAUCGUGUAUAUCAUGCGGGAAUGGCAUAUCGAAGCGUAGUCUGAAUCUCUUAUCAACAACUAUUCAGAAAGCUUCUGAUUACUUUCCUGAAGUAUUAAUUGAGACACUAAAAGUAAAAUUAUGCGAUGUAACAUCUCCAAUUGCGCCAUCGCGUAUACUAAUGGCGAUUUCGCAAGACUUGGAGAAACUAGAUCCAACAUUUUUCAUCCCAAUAACAACAUUAGUCAUAAAUACGGACUCUAAAGCACAAACAAACAUUGUAGUUCCUAUCAUUUAUAAUGCAGUAUUCAUUUUACCUAUCAGCAGCUUACAGCCUGAAAAAGCCGAAGAAAUUGCAAACAAAAUUAUAGAUUUAUUACAUCAAACAAGCAAAACAGUCGAAGUAUUUCAAUCGCUUACCACAUGUCUAUCUCAAUUCAUGAAAAAAUGGGCAAAUAUCCUUCCAAAUCCAGAAAUUCAAGCGAUGGCCAUACUUUCAACAUUGUCAGAUACAUCGUUUACAUACUCUGUUAUAUCAUCUCUCUCGCAAUCAGCCAUAUACUGCAUUUGUGCGUUGAUUGGUGAUAUGACUGGCCUAAAAGAUAUGAUAAGUUCAUUAUUAGAGCAUAAACCUACGCCAUUAGACAAAUGUACGGCAAUAUCAGGUAUAACAUUCAUGGAAUACAUCACUCAAACAGUUCCUGUUUGUGUUUCAUACCAAUUAUUAGCGUCAUUCUUAUUUACUAUCCCAUCUGACUAUUAUUCAGCACUUUCGACAUACGCAUACUUAGGACCACAAUACAUAUCAUCAGUACCUACAGAUGAACUCGGCCAAACUUCUUUCUUCCAGAUGUUAUCAGCUGCAUUAAAAGUUAUGGCCAAAGGAGACGAACCAGACUUUUUAACACUCUGCAAAGAUGCCAUUCUAUCAGUUCCAGACACGAAAGACGGAUAUCUCCGGAAAUCAGUUAAAUUUUGUUUUCAAUCUUUAGUACAAGUCGCUCUCAAGAUCUGCGACAAAUCAUUCUUCAUUGACUUGUUCAAGCGCUUGGAGCAACUCAGUUCUAACUCCUCGUUAGUCCAAGAUUGUCUUGCCAUGGUGAUUCCGACUGUUCCUUUUGAAUUGAUAACUAUUGAAUUUUUCAAAGACUUAUUGAAUCAGUUUGAUGUUCAUCAGACAUUUGCAUUUCGAUGUGUUGCCGAGAUAUAUAAGUCAUUUAAAGUACCAAGUACUUAUUCUGAUUUAUUAUUUCAAAGAAUUGAUUUGUUAUCAACCGCUGUUCGUCAGAAUUUCAUCAUAAACAUGAUAAAGAUAUCAUCAUCUGUUGUUAAAACACUCCAUAAUCAUGUUACUAACUCAAGAGUCAUGGAUGAAAACAAAAAGAUAUCUUAUCAGAUUUUGUUGAUGCCUGUUUUGCAGAUGCAAGCUCAGAGACCUCCUUUAGAUCGUGCUCUUAUAUCGACAGCACUCCAUUCAUGGGAUUUCGAGAUAAGAGUCAACACAUUAAAAAUUUUGAUUUCUUCUCCAAGAGGAAACACGAAAUUUACAACAGAAGACAUCAAUUUGCUGAGUGAAGCAAUUCCAAGAGUAUUCGUUUUCUGCGAUGUCAAGUACCAGAAAGUAUUGGAAAGCUACUUCCAGUCUGCUUGUAAUCAUAUGAAUCCGCAUGACCAAAUUUGUAUGUCACUUUUCUUUUCUCCCUUAUUUAAAGCGAUGGUCCCCUUACUUAAACCAUAUAUGUCUGGAUUCAGGAAGAGCUACAUUGUGAACAUAUUAACUAUUGUUUGGCACUUGAGGCCUUUGUUAUUUUUGACUAGAGAAUUGUUAGAAAACUUAGUUUAUAAUUUAUUUGAAUCAAGUUACACUGUUCGUGAUUUGAUAUUUAGAUUCAUUUUGUUUAUACUUAGAAUGAAAUCUCCUGAUGACAAAGUAGCUCUCGCGCACCAAGUCAUCUCUGAAGAGUCAAAACUCGUUCAAGAACUCAUCCAAAAACAUUCGAAUUCCACAAAAUUUAGAGAUACAGAUGGCGCUGCGAGAUUGAUCGCGUUGACACACUUGGCGAGAGGUCAGACAAACAUAGAGAUGUUGAUCUCAAAGAUGUGGCAACAGAUUGUCAGUAAAACUGCUCAGAUCCCUCCGCAUUUCCCUCUGAGUGUCGUUUUACAUGUCCUUCAAAGUGUUCAAGCUCCUCAAAUUGAUUUCAACUUCAUCACUGAGAAACUUGUUCCUGUUUCUUUGAACAUCAUAUCAGAGAGUUUGACAUUUAUUGGUGUGGAAGCGAACAUCGAGACAAUACCUGUUCAAACAAUCAAAAGCGUUGACAAUCUCGAAAGUCAGUUGAUAGAAAACAUCAAUUCAUCAUGGCUCGCUGUCAGACAGGCUUUGAAUAUAAUUGGAUAUGUUUUGAACCAGCAUUUCGAGAAUUUGCCAUUGAAAUUGGUUGUUAAGACAGGAGACACAUUGCUGAGAUUCCUCAUGGAGUCAAGACAGGCAUCAACUGUAUACCAAGUCCACAUCAUCUUCCAGAUGCUCUGCACAUUAAGUUACAUGAAUCCUGAAACAGAAAAACUGCCAAUUACUUGGGCGGAUACAUUAAUGGACCAAGCAGAGAACUUCACCAUUUCUGAGCACAAGAUCAGUAACUCCUUUGUUUUAACAGCCCUUGCGUUGAUACAUUCAGAACCAAGUCAUUUGUAUGCAUCGCAAAGACCGAUUUACAACAAAUUCAUGAGAUUUUGUUCUCAUUCAAUUUCUGAUUAUAUUAAUUACAGUCAGUUGAUAACUGGCUUGUUGUUGUGCCAAGCAAUUGCCACUGAUAACAACACAGCAGCUAAUUUCGAACCUUACUCGUCGAAAAUACUGAUGUUAGUGUUCAAUAUCAUGACAAUUUCUUGUCCGUUUUAUGUCAAAAAUGCAGCAAAUAUUUGUUUGUCAAAUCUUCUUUUGAGACACUGGAAGAGGAGAACAGAUGUUCCAAGGGAUUUCGAGGCAAUGACACAUUCCGAUUUCUUCGCAAUUGUUGAAGGUUCUUUGGACUUUUUCGUUGAAUAUCUUUCAUGCGAAAACACUGAUUCUUCUUUCAUUAUUUUGUUAGUUAUACAGCUUUUGAAGCCAUUUCCAAAUGACAUAAUCCUUCGAAAGGUUAUAGAUAUGAGGAGUUCCCCAUGCUCAAGAAUAAGACACGCUGCUGCUCGUGCUCUUUUAAUUGUGUUGCAACAAGAUGAUGUUGUCACUUUUAUUAAGUCACUUUUAGAAGAUGCUUUGACAGCCGAUGCGAACACAAACGAUGGAAUUAUCAUGCAGAUUGAAGAGCUUGUUAACAACUAUCCUUUCGUUAUUGACGAAUUAAGAGAAGAUGUUUCUAAGUACCUCAAAUCAGCAAUUGAAAAACAUGAAACAGAUUACAUCAAAUUGUAUUUCUUGAUAAUGCUGGCGAAUGUUUUCAAACUUGUUGACAUUGUUUCUCCUGUUUUGUCUUAUUUCGCAAAAGAUUUCUCGAGUUUGGUUAAAAAACCAUACGGAACAAGGAUUUUAAUGGUCAUCUUCAAGAAACUAAAUGAAAUGGAGAUGAUCAAACUCAUCAUUCAAAAGAAUCCUUGUAUUUUGUUCCAUUUGUGUAGAUUCUUUAAUGAAAAUCCUGAUUUCAUUAAACAAAAAGUGUCAAGAGUUUUAGUUGACACUUUUUUGGCAAAUCCACCAACACCUGUUUUUGAUGGCAUCCACAAACUAUUGGUCAAACAUUCCGCUUGCUUUAAUCCGAAUGCUAACCAGAAAGAUAAAUUCCUUGAGAACAUUUUCAACGAAAAGAACAGUUCGAGAAUUAUUUAUUUCUUGGGAGUUUCAGCGAUGUUUGUUGAAGACGCGAAAUCGUUUUUACUCAAUUUCCAGGAGUAUUCAUAUUUCGUCGACAGAAGUGAUACAAACAUUUUGGAAGAACUCUCCAAGUUGAUGCUGAGAUACCACGAACAGUUGUUCAGCGAAUUCAACCAAAACGAAUUAUGUCAUUGGUUACUUGCUUUGAGAAUUAUAUCUGAUGAAAGCCCACAAGUUAGAUAUCCGUGUGUACAAGCACUUUCACAACAUUUGUGUCUACAAAGACAGAUCAAAACUGAAGUUGCUGAAUAUGAUUUGAUUGUUGAAAUUUACCAGAAAAUGGCUCCUUUCAAAGAUGUUUUGCAAAAAGUUUUGAGUUUGCUUCAGGCAAAGGCUGAGACAAUAGAAGAUGAUGUAGGAGUAAAGAAGGAUCCAACACCAUUCAUUCAUCCUCCUUCUUUCCAUGUCGACUGCUUAAGAAGAGCCCUCAAAUCCAAAUAG